CCAGAAUACACAAGACUCCUCUUGAAAUUCCUCUGAUCUCUAACCUCUCUGUUUCUUUCUCACCUAUUCAAGAAACAAAAUACAAAUCCUCAAGAAUAAUCCAGAAAGUUUAAAACUUUCCAUACUUUCAUCUAUAAAUACCAAAACCCACAUCUUUGAUUCUCAUCAAAACUAACAACAAAACAAUCAUCAACUCUCAAAAAUAAACCAUACAAUUUCAAACCCAGAAAAAAGUAACAACAAAUCAAUUCAACAAUGUCGCUAAUUCCAAGAUUCUUCGAAAACACAAGAAGCAACAUCUUCGACCCAUUCUCCCUUAAUUUAUGGGACAAUUCUCAAUCUCUCUCCUCUGUUCACGAAACCGCAGCAUUUGUGAAUGCUCGAAUGGAUUGGAAAGAAACUCCGGAAGCCCAUAUUUUUAAGGCGGAUUUACCCGGAUUAAAGAAGGAGGAAGUCAAAGUUGAGGUGGAAGAUGGGAAAGUGCUACAAGUCAGCGGAGAGAGAAACAGAGAACAAGAGGAGAAGAAUGAUAAGUGGCAUAGAGUUGAGAGGAGUUCUGGAAAGUUCUUGAGGAGGUUUAGGUUGCCGGAGAAUGCGAAGAUGGAGGAGAUUAAAGCGAGUAUGGAGAAUGGUGUUUUAACCAUUACUGUUCCGAAAAUGGAAGUGAAGAAGCCUGAAGUCAAGUCUAUUGAUAUCUCUGGUUAAAACUAUGCAUAUAUGAUAUAUGUUUGUUUCAAUGUAUGGUGUUAUAUCAAAUUAUCAAGGUUGGAUUAUGGAUGUUGUCUAGUAUAUGAGGUGUAAGUAUGUAAGUAUCAAAUAUGAAUGAAGGAAAUAAUCAAUAAUAUGAGUUGUUUUUCUUGUUAAA